AUGGCGCCCGCACCGCGCGGACUCGCCCUCCUCCUCCUCGCGGCGGCCUGCUCGCUUCUGACCGCGCCGCUGGCCGCCGCAGACGACGGACCCCUCGUGAAGCAGUUCUACUACUACUCCCCGCCGCCGCCGUCCACGCCCCCGGGCGGCGGGGCCGGCUACGCCUACCCCUCCCCGCCCAUGACGGGGGCGGCGAACGGGGGCCCGCCGUGCAACUGCGAGAAGCCGCCGCCGUCCACGCCCCCGGGCGGCGGGGCCGGCUACGCCUACCCCUCCCCGCCCACGACGGGGGCGGCGAACGGGGGCCCGCCGUGCAACUGCGAGAAGCCGCCGCCGGGGGCGACCCGCGCGCCGGGGGCCGGGCAGCAGGGGCAGGGGCAGCAGUACGCGUUCCUGUCCGGGUCGUCCUGGUCCCGGUCGCCGCCGGCGCUCCGGCUGCCGCUCCUCUGCGCCGCCGCGGUGGCCCUGCUUGCACGGCGCUAG